UGCCCACAGGGUCCACGGGUACUUCCAGUUCAAUAGGUUCGUGACAGUCUACAAGUCAAAUGGCGGGCUCGCUGUUCAGCCCGUUGACCCCACGUGAAAGGGAGCUUAGAGAGCUCCAACAGGUCGAAAGGAUCCGUGAACAAUUAGAGAGGGAACUGAAGCAGGCAACCGAUAGAGAAAGAGAGAUCAAAAAUAGAACAGCCAGGCUUGAAACAUUAGAGGCAGACAAAGCUGACUUAGAGGGUAUGGAUGAGCCAGGACUGUCUGACUCAAUGAAAAUAUUGAAGAACAAUAUGCUGUCGCUGCAUGCGCACGUGGACAACCGAUUGGACUUUAUGCAGAACACCCUAGACCAGAUCCUGGACAUUUUGCAAAGGCCAGGAUUUAGGCCACCAGCACAGUCGCCGUUGCCGUUAACGACGAUGUCCGGCCUCUUUCCCGUACAAGCUGGCACACAACCAAGUGGCACGUCUGCAGCAGUCUCACAGACUGUUGCUUCUUCUUCUUCGGGUCCAGCGGUGGGAGCUACACCACCGCAACAACCUGUUCCUCCACAGGGACAGCCGCAAGGUCUUUGGUACCCUAAGACCCCUAUGAAACCGCCUCUUGCCUUUUCGGGCGAGAAGAAGGACGAAGAGCUCAACACUUGGUUGAGAACAGUUCCGGUUUGGGUGAAGGCAAAGAGGACUUUGCAGGAGGAGGAGGUGAUUACUGCUGCAUCUUACCUUGAGGGUAAGGUAGCCAAAUGGCUGGAUGGUGUAGUGACAAAGGCUGGGUACGGACAACGCAUGGCGGACUGGGGGACAAUUACGUUAGACCAGUUCAUGGAAAUGGUAGAAGCUCGAUGGCACAAUCCUCAGCAGGCACAAAUGGCCACUGAUGCGAUAAACAGACUAGACCAACGAAAGUUCAAGUCAUUCAGGGAGCUUACGACUACCAUAGAGAGCCUCAUCGUCGUUCCCGGUAUAAACUACAACAACCAGUUCCUAUUGACCACGUUUGUGAGAUGUCUACCAGAGAAUCUCAGAAACUCGUUGGCCAGCGAGGCUCGCCUCGAGUAUCACUCCUUUGAGAGGUUGUCUAGGAAAACCUUAGAUUUGGAGGCCACUCUAGGAAACGCCCAACCUUCUCAUAAUGACACGAGGAAGAAGAAGAGUUUGCAGGAAUGGAAGAAGAAGGGGGCUAAAUUGUUGAUGGUUGAGUCCAAUGGGACCCAAACCGAGAUCGACGAGCUCACAGACCUGCUGGACAUUUUAGAGUAUGACGGCGAGGAGACCGCUGAGGGUAGCACCCUCGCCGCAGUAGUUAAGGCUAAGUGAAGGGCCAACCAAAGAGUCAAGGGAAGGCCGCCUCCAAUCAGACCAAAGUGGCUGAUUGGGUUAAGGCAGGUAUUGAUCAA